AAUUACCUGAUCCUACUAGGAUAGAUCAAAGAGGACGAUAAACGUUUUCAUCCAGGAUCGUCGAGCGAGUUCAUUGACCCUUCCUGAACGAAUAGUAAUAAAACCCAGCGGAGUCGACGACACGUUUCACGUAGAGAUAGACGCGCGCACAUUCGUACGACAACGGACACACGCUUACUCUUAGGAAAGUAUGCCGUGACCUCGAACAAGGUCCCGUUAUCCAAGGCAAAGCCUUGAUCGUCUUCGUCCUCAGUCUUGACUCGGUAGUCAAGCAAAGAUGCUACCUCCUAUUCUUGCUUGUUUGAGCCUCUUUAUCGGUCACCGUGAACUCGUUCCUAUGAACAAUGGAAUUGCCAUAGGGACAACGACUAUUUUCGGACUCGUCGUGUUGCCUUUUGGUUUUGCUGCUGGGCCUAGAUACGUUCCAAAAUGGAAGAAACAAGCUUGCGAGAUUCCAGCGUCGCAGCAUCCAAAUUCUCAUUACGUUUGUGACGAAGCUGGUGAAGUGAAAUGUUUGCUAGGUUGGACCGGUGAUCUUUGUGACGUACCAAUCUGUCGAAAAGGCUGCGAUCCCCUUCAAGGUUUCUGUCGACGUCCGGGUGAAUGCAGGUGCAAGAUCGGAUUUUACGGUGAGCUAUGCGAUAAAUGCGUGGCUCUACCUGGUUGCCAGCAUGGAAGGUGUAACGUGAGUUUCGAGUGUGCCUGCGAUCCCGGAUGGAAAGGAUUAUUCUGUUCCGAACCGAUUUGCGCGCAGGAUUGUCUACCGAGUCAAGGAUAUUGUAACAAGCCUGGAGAGUGCAGGUGCCGGUUAGGCUGGCAAGGACCAAGAUGCAAACAGUGCGCUGUUUUACCAGGAUGCGUUCAUGGAACUUGUCAAGGGCCAUUGGAAUGUCGAUGCGAGCCUGGCUGGACCGGACUAUUGUGUCAAACGCCCAUCUGCGCAGCAGGAUGUAGCAAGGAACACGGUGGAUGUCGUCGGCCUGAUACCUGCAGGUGUCGUGUCGGUUGGAAAGGUAAAAAUUGUACCGAAUGCGUGCCAUAUCCAGGAUGUCUACACGGAUCCUGCAAAAGACCAUGGGAAUGUAGAUGCGAAUCUGGCUGGUCCGGUGAUCUUUGCGACGAGAAAUUAACUUAUUGCGAGGAUCAUUCCGAUGUCUGUCGAAAUAACGGGACUUGCGUUAGCAUGACACCGGAAGACGGUGAUUACAGGUGUAUUUGUCCGAUCGGUUACAUGGGCCGUCAAUGUCAAAUUAAAACGACGGUACCGUCCACCGAGUUGACACCUCCCAUGCCGGAUCCGGGAUCAAAUUCGCCGAUCGAUCCGCAAAGUGUAUCGGUCGAACCUGAGCCCGUUGAAAAUGAAAAUGUCAGCGAGGAAACGGAAACUGCCGAACCGCUAGGCCCGAUAGCGAUCACCGAUCCACCUUCGACCAUUGAUCCAUCAGCAACAGCGGGAAAAUGGCCGACCGAGCCGCCAACCGAUUCACCAUCGACCGAAGACGAUGAAGAAAACGAGACGUGAAGCUCCUCGCUUUUGUCUUUUCAUUUAUUUAUUUAUUUAUUUAUUUAUUCUUUUAUUUAAUCGUUCGUUCUCUCCGAGUUCUCUCUGCAAUGACUAAACAAAUACAUGUUUAGAUCUAUAUGUCUACACAUAAAACUUUAUGCAGGUAGUAUAAGCGUAAUAUAAGCUUUGUUCGAAUGACCGUUCGGUAUACUGCGUGGGCGACGCGAGAGAUCGUUCGAAGAUUUUCCGCGUCCGCGAUCGCUUUCUCGAAAUCCCCUUGCAUCGCGGAUCACGAUCGUUACUUUAUCUUCGGUGGCUAGCUUCGACGUAAAUGGUACAUACAUGUAUGGUAUCCAAAGGGGUACAACGCGCUGCAACGUUCGCCGUCACGCUUCGACGAUCACGCUCUGCCGAUUUACCGAUACGUACGUAGUCAACCUAUGCCUAUAGGGUGGUACAUUUCGAUGAAUACGCUUCAGUAUUUCAUUUCAUUCGUCAAAUUUAAAAUGGUCACUCGGAACUGCAGAAAUCUGACCGUUUUAAAACUCGCCGUAUAAACUUUUUUAAGCCUUUUCUUUUCGUAUCUUGACGAAGGGAGAAAGAGAAAAAGAAAUGGCAUAAACUCGAGUUAUAUCCAUCGCGUAUCAACAAUUCGUUAAUUUGAUAAAAUUAUUCCAUAAGUAUAAAAUUUUAUAUUUUUACAAAAAUGGAUAUGUGAUGUAUUAGAGAGUUCCUAUUUAAAAAUGUGCCACCCAAUAUAAUCCAAGCGUGCAUCCAGAUCUCGCUACCCACGUAAUCCUAUCGACUUACGUAACACUUUUAACCAAGUCGUGCUGGCACACCAUGGUGCUGGUAAUCGGAGCAGAGGACCAGGCGCCUCUCCUCUUUCACCAGACUGGAAUUGCUGCUUUCCACGCCCGAAUAACGAGCGACGCCGAAGAAUUAAUGGCCACCUUGUUUAUAACUGGAGCAAUUUUUUCUCGAGUUAAGUCUUGAUAAUGUAAUACUCUUCGACUUUCUUAAACACUCGAGAUCGUCGUUAUUUAUUCAGGAAAAUUAAGACCAAGAAAACCAUCGAGAGGAAAAUUAUUAUUUUGAAAUUUCACCUACGCUACGAAUUUUUCCCUUUCUUAAUAUCAACACGAUGUUUCAUUUUAUAACCGUUGAUUAAACGCGGAGAAAGCUCGAAUAUUCUUGAGUGACCCGAAACGAUAACGUUUACCUCAUUUAUUUGGAUUAUGCGUUCUAUUACGUGGAAUAAUGAGCCGAUAAAACAAGAUCGUUUGAUAGUCCCGGUACUCGAUACACGCGAGAUACCGGUUAUGGCGUCGUUUUAUCGAUCGACCGUCAAGCAUGCCAAUGAGAAUUCAUUUCGCUUCCGCUUUCGCGAAGGAACGAUGGAGAUUGAUCGUUCGACCGAGAACGAAAUAAACGGUCUUGCCUGAUCAUAGGAUUCACGAGAUAGCGAUAUUCCAAUCGUAAUCUUAUCGCAUG